AUGCAGCAGCAGCACCCAGCGGCAGCAUCCAACAGCGGCUUAUCAGUAGCGGUACCAACAGUUGAACCCACAACAGUAACUGUCGUUGAUCGCCUCAAGCAUCAACUUCUUCAGGCCUAUGACAAUGGCGACACAAAGCAGGCCACGGAUGUGAUCAUUAAAUUGGAGAAGUCCAAUUUGACGAAGGAAUUACUCGAGAUGACAAGAGUUGGUGCUGUAGUAAAUGACAUCCGGAAAAAAGUGGCUCAGUCAGCACCUGAGCUAUCGAAGCGGUGUCGAACGUUGAUCAAAUGUUGGCAGAAAUUGGCUGAACCGAAACCAACGUCUAGUGGUUCUUCUUCUGCCAAUGGUACUCCCAGCUACGCUUCUCCGGCAGUCAAGAAGGGUCUUACGCCAGGUACCCCUGCGAGGGGUCCACGAGUUAUUUCCGGUGGCAGUCCACGCCUUACACCUGCUGAAAAAUCUCGCUUUACAGCUUUGCCCAGUUCAGUUCCUACGCCAUCUGAAAGUUCCGGUUCGUGGAAUACUGAUGCUUCACCAACAUUUUCAAAUGGGCGAACGGUUACUCCUUACCAAAGAUCUGAACAAAAAAUGUCAGCGAAUAUUGUAGCGAAUACAUGGAAAUCACAUGCAGUUAGUGCUGAUCUCACAAUAAAAGCAGUCGAAAAUUCGCUAUUAUCAGAUGACAGAGUUAUUCGAAAUGGAAAAAGAAAAGGCGGGGAUAUUGCAACUUCUGACAUAGGUGCUACAAACGGGUUAAGUGCUACGAAACGUCUGCACUACACUUCUGCCUCAGUGUCUCCAACAGCACCACAUCAGUCAUUGCUUGCUGCUCGACGUGCUGAUGUGAAAUCAACGAGUGAGUUGGUUGCACAGUUAACUGAAAAUUUACCAGGCUACUUAACAAUAAACAUAUCCCAAAAUCAUCGUCUCACUGGAAGUGAACAUGGCGAUAACGAAGGACAGGCAAAUAUGGACACGGGUCACAUAUCUAGAACGCCCAUUCUUUUUAUUCAAACGGAAGCUUCUAAGAAGAAAGAGAAACGUGGUCGUUCUAAAAAAAAUAAAGAAAAGGAAGGAAGGAUAAAAGAUCAAUUUGUCGCCAACGAAAAAGUGAUAGCAGUGGACAAUGAAAAAGCUUCUACAUCGGCAAUGGGAAAUGCUGAUUCAGUGCCGGUAUUCAAUGUAGCAAAUAGCGUCCCUUCGACUGAUAAAAUGGUAGUGCCGACGCGUAACGGGAAGUACGAUUGGUAUGCAAUGCUUCCAAGUUUGGAAACGUUGCGCAAUCGUGAACAUUUCCGCUCUAAACCCUCCAGCAAUCAGCGAAAGUCAUACAUCGUGAAUGUACUGGGCAGGGAGGUAUUGGCCUUGCCUUAUAUUGAUGUUGGUUUGCCAGAUUUUCUGGAGUACCAGUAUCCAAAACCCGAAAGGUUUUAUGCGGAAGAGAAUUUCAUGUACGGUGCUUCGCGACCAAAUUGA